AUGAGUUACCUUGUUGCCCGUGCCAAUAAGGUGUUCGACAGUCAGCCUCCUCCGGACGAUGCUCAGGCCUUGUCGGUGAACGGCUCGAGCUGGCUGUGGGCUGUCACAGCCGUCUUCCUAUUCUCCUUCCUCGUCAUUCUUGCCCUCACCCUGCGCCCCCGAUAUGGCGAACGUGUCUUCCACUACAUCUUCUCGACCACCAUCCUCGUCGGUGCAAUUGCUUACUACACGAUGGCAGCGGACAAGGCCUGGCUCGUUAUCCCUCAAGCGAAUAACCUCGACAACGGAGCCGCCCGUCAAAUGUUCUGGGCUAAAUUCGUGUACUGGGUUGUCUCCUUCCCCGCCUGCGUCCUGUCUCUUGGUCUUGUUAGCGGAGUAACCUGGGCUUCCAUCACUUAUGGCGUCCUCUUCAGCUGGGUCUGGGUCAUCGCCUACUUGGGUGCUGCUGCUACUACCACCAACUACAAGUGGGGUUACUAUACGAUUGGAACUGUGGCCUGGCUCAUCCUCGUUCUUGGUAGCUUCACCAUUGGCCGCACUAGCGCAGCUCGCCUUGGCGUUUCGGGCCACUACCUGCUUCUCGCUGGCUGGGUCAACCUCAUCUGGCUCCUCUACCCCAUCGCCUUCGGCAUCAGCGACGGUGGCAACGUAAUUGGCAUCACCCAGUCCUUCAUCUUCUACGGUAUCCUUGAUAUCCUUCUAAUUCCUGUGUUGGCCUUUGCUACCAUUGGUCUGUCGUACCAGUGGGACUACGCCAAGAUGGGUCUCCACUUUACCCGAAGCGGCCGUGGCUAUGAGGGCCCCUACGAUGAGAAGGCCGCGGCUCCAGCUCCGACCAACGGCACCAACGGUGCGGAAGUCUAA